AUGGCCGCGAUCAACCCAGCCCACCACUCCCAAGACCCCGAGGUUUCUUCCCCUGAAAAGGGGGUCGUGAAACCUGUCACUGAGCAUGAGGAAGACACACUUCGAGAAUUCUCCCCAGUCGAGACCAAGAGGCUUCUGAGAAAGAUUGACUGGUCCCUCCUACCUCUUCUUUCACUGCUGUACUUGCUCUCGUUCCUCGACCGAGCAAACAUCGGCAAUGCGAGGCUGGCUGGGCUUGAGGAGGAUCUGAACAUGACGGGCAAAUGGGACUACAGUGUCGCCGUCUCCGUCUUCUUCCCCUUUUACGUCUCGUCCGAGAUCCCCUCUAACCUCGCCAUGAAGCGUUUUCGCCCGUCUAUCUGGAUCCCUUCAAUAAUGCUCGCAUGGGGUAUUGUCAUGACGCUGAUGGGUAUCGUCCGCAACUAUCCCGGUCUCCUUGCCACACGGAUGGCGCUUGGGCUAGCCGAGGGCGGCUUGUUCCCUGGCGUUACAUACUACAUCACGCUUUGGUAUAAGCGGCAUGAGUGCGGCCUCAGGAUCGCAAUCUUCUUCUCCGCUGCCACCGCCGCUGGCGCCUUUGGUGGUCUUUUGGCUCGUGGCAUCAUGGAGAUGGAUGGAGUCGGCGGUCUCAGCGGAUGGUCCUGGAUAUUCAUCCUCGAAGGAAUUUUUACCGUCCUAGUCGCAUUCUUUGCAUUCUUUUCAUUGCACGACUAUCCAGACAGCGCCAAAUUUCUUAUGCCUGGUGAGACGAGAGAGGUGGUUCGCCGCCUGCGAGAUGACUCGUCAGUUUUGUCCAACGAACUUCACUCCAAGUUCGUCAACCACGCCUUCAUGGAUUGGAAAAUCUGGGUGCACAUGUUUAUCACCAUCGGGAUAUUCUUGCCCAUCUACUCGGUCUCCAUCUUCCUCCCAACCAUCAUCCGCAGCAUGGGACAUACCGCGGAGCUGGCUCAGCUUAUGUCCGUGCCACCAUAUGUCACCGCUUGUCUUUUGACUGUCAUAGGCGGAUUUAUGGCUGAUAAGCACCGGCAGCGUGGUGUUUAUGUUAUAUCCCUCUGCAUAGUGGGCAUCAUUGGACUUGUGAUUCUUGUCACAGUGGAGAACAGCGGUGCAAAGUACUUUGCUUGCUUCCUUGUGCUGUCCGGCAUCUUCGCCUACGUGCCGCAGGGCACUUCUUGGAACGGGAACAACAUUGGCGGAUCCGUAAAGAGAGGAGUUGGGCUAGCCAUGCAGAUUGGAUUUGGAAACAUUGGUGGCGCCGUUGCAGGCUUCAUCUACAGACAGGAAGAUGCUCCGCAUUACCGUGCCGGCCACGGUACCUUGAUCGGGACCCUCUGCAUGAGCUGUGGCCUAGCCAUAUUCAUGACGUGGUAUCUGCGGAGGGAGAAUGAGAGGCGUGACAGGGUGUACAAGCCACCUAGCGAGUAUACUCUCGCAGAGAUGGAACAAGAAUCUGAGAAGGGCGACGAUGCAACCUUUUUCCGGUACACUGUUUAA